ACAGGCUUCCAGCAUGCCUAGAAAGAGAAAGAGAUCUACCUGCACAAAUUCAGACUCUAAAGGCCAUAUGCUGCAAAAAGAGGAGGUACAGGACCAGCCAAUUGGAGAGAUGGACAAGUCCAGCUCGGCAGAACCAACUAAACCAGUUGUUACUGCUCGUUCUUCCCGAGUCAUCAAGAUCCCAAAGAGAUUCAUGGAUGAUGAAAGCAUGUCGGCCCUUCCAGAAAAAUGUUCCCCGAAGAAACCAGCGCUAACUGAGAUCCCAAUGGAUACUGGCAAACGAAACAUUGAGCUUUCCCAAGCGCUCGAAUCUGGAGUGAAGCAAGAGCCAGAAAUCUUGAAGACGGCUGAGAUGAGUAUUUUGGAAAAGGCAAAAUCUCAGGGAAGCAAACCCGUUUUGGGUUCUGCGAGGGUCGCUGGUGCUCCUCGCGGGAUGGGUGGUCGAGGCAGCCAGACCAUGGAUUACAAGAUAUACUGGAAGUUGAAGAAGCUCACAUCAAGCCUUGCACAACGAAAGAUGCAGAGGAUCGCCAGUGCCAGUAACCGGCUAAAUGGUGAAGGUGCUGUGAAGACUGAGACACAGGAUAUGAAAGAGACUGUGGAAUCGGGAAAGAGAAGGAAGUCUGACUCUAAAACGCAAGAUGUGUAUGCUCCAGGGGUGGUGCCAAAACUAGUCAUACGUGUUGGGGAACAAUCGGAUCAAUCAGCUCUUGCAUCUUUGGCGGAGGGCUCUGACCAAGUCAAAGAGAAAGUUGAGGCUACCAGCCUUGAGGACACCACUGAACAGACAAAACCCAGUGCCGAUAAUACCCUGAUGAUGGAGCCAAGUGGUACCACCCACAGAAUUAAUCUUUCGGGUGCCAAUAAGAGGAUGUUCCACCUGCUGAAGAGAGCCAAAGUCCAGCUGAUUAAAAUCGACCAGCAGAAACAGCUGAAGUCAGCUCAGCUUCUAUCCGGCUCAGCGAGAGUAAGAGAUGGAUCGCUAGCGGUCAGGAAGAGAGGCAGGAGAAAGGCAAUAGUCACGUCUAAUGCAGCGGUGGCACCGCAGGAACGUUUAAUCGCUGGCCCUCGUAUAAAGCAUGUAUGUCGCGCAGCAGCGGUGGCACUGGGGCAACCGCGUGCUAUGAUUCCCGACGACAUUCCCAGACUCAGCGCUCUUCCGCUGCAUGAAAGAGAGCAGAUUGCUGGCUCACCGGCUACAGAGGAUGUCGCAUCUCACUCAGAACCUGAAAGCGAAGGAUCCGUUGAACAGAAGCCAACGUUUAGACGUAAAUACGAAGGCUUGGCAUUUGGCAGGCGAAUAAAUCGCUGCUUGCGCUGCAAGGGGUGUAAUCGACUGGAGGACUGUGGGAAGUGCGUCUUCUGUCUGGACAAGCCCAAAUUUGGAGGACCCAACAAGAAACGGCAGAGCUGUGUUUUAAAAAAGUGCUCUCGAAUCGAGCGGAACAAAACGAGGCGAUUUAGCAAAGUCCAGGUGAAUCGACAGCGGCCAUCAGCGGCCGCUGACCCGUACAGCAGCGAAGAAGAGAACGAAGGGGAUGAAAGACAGACCGGCCCGUUUAGCCCGACCAGGAGGCAGCCCAGACGACAGGUCACACCACAAUGCUACAGAAAACUCCUGAGCUAUGACGACUCUGACACGGAGAGUGCCAGUUCUGAAAAGACAAAGACCAGCGUGACCCAAAAGACUCAGUCCAGUGAUGUGGCCGCCUCUAUAACCGCCCCAGAAGAGGCUGCAAAGCAGAAAAAGCAGGGAGCUUACAGGGCAUUUUGGGCACAAAGCAGAAUGGAUAAGAACUCAGGGGAUCAGACGUCAUCAAGUGUUCUCGCUCCGCUGGCAAACGGGUUCACUCAGAGGGGCAAGUGUUCACAGGGGACGACCAACAAGAUUCGUGUUGAUUUCAAGGAGGACUGUAACAUCCAAAAUGUGUGGUUGAUGGGUGGACUGAGUAUUCUCACUUCAGUUCCCAUCAUGCCCCAAAGUGUGUGUCUGCUCUGUGCCAGCAAGGGCGAGCAUGAUAUGAUCUUUUGUCAGAUGUGCUGUGAGCCUUUUCACCCUUUCUGCCUGCCUCCGGACGACCGCCCAAAGGAAGAGAACAAGGAAAACUGGUGCUGCCGACGCUGCAAGUUUUGCCACGUUUGUGGCCGCAAGAGCAGGCAAGCAAAGCCAGUUUUGCAGUGCAAAAGAUGCAUGAACUGCUACCAUCCGGCCUGUUUAGGACCCACCUAUCCCAAACCUGUUAAAAUGGACACGUCUUGGAUUUGCAUGCCAUGCAUUCGCUGUAAGAGCUGUGGUAUGACACCAGGGAAGUCCUUAGAUGUGGCCUGGAACCACAACUUGGACCUCUGCCCCAACUGCACAAAACUCCACAGUAAAGGUAACUUCUGUACUGUGUGUCUGAAGUGCUAUAAAGAGUUUGACAAUAGCAUGAUGCAGUGUGCCCGGUGUGCCAACUGGGUCCAUCCCAGGUGCGAAGGACUCACAGAUGAUCUGUACGAGAUCUUGAGUCGUCUGCGGGGUAAGAGUCUGGUCUUCUCCUGUGCCGCCUGCAGUAAGAGAUUUUGCAGCGGCUGGCAGAAAGUGGUUCAGGAAGUUUUGAGGGACGGCCUGCAGAAGAUCAUGAUUGGGUUGAGAAACUCUCCGACCACCCAGCAUCUCUUCGUUUGUUCACAGUGUGAGGCUUGUCCAGAUUUGGAGAUUGGGAAGGUACAAUCUAUCUGUUGUCUACAUCUUGUGGAGCAGAAGUUGGAGAAGGACCUGUACGCCUCUUUGAAAGCAUUUCAUGAGGAUGUGGUGACAGUCAUGGUGGAUAGACUGAAAAAAGAGGAAUCUUAUUCAGAGGAGCUGAAGCUCACCAGUCAAGCCAAGAUCAGUUAUAUAAAGGUAGUACAAGAAGUAUUUGGCUGGUUUAACAGUCAGGACCCCAAAACAUGGAACUUUCAUAUGCAAGAAUUACCAAGUGGCAUGCUUCCCGGUGCAGUAAUUCCUCCAAGUGAUGAGCACAGUUAUGCACAAUGGCUCAAAGCGCAGGACCGCACCACUAUCAGGUCAGAGGAGGAUCAAGAAAACCUUCAAUCACAUGGAUCACAAGACAUGCAGAAGUCAAACAUUCAAUCUUUUGUGGAUGAAAGGCAGUGCUCUCUCUGCCAGCAGAAUGGAGAUGCAAAACCAAAUGAUGCUGGUAGGCUGCUGUAUAUUGGGCAGAAUGAAUGGGUUCAUGUGAACUGCUGCGUGUGGUCAGCAGAAGUGCAGGAGGUCAAAGGAGCAUUGAUGCACGUCCACAGUGCCGUCACCAGGGGGCGUUUCAUGCGCUGUGAGCGUUGUGGCCAGGCAGGGGCGACGGUGGGCUGCUGUCUUAGCUCGUGUCAGAGUAACUACCACUUCAUGUGUGCUCGCAUCAGCAACUGUGUCUUCCAGACCGACAAGAAAGUGUACUGUUACAAACACCGUGACCUCAUCAACAACAAGAUUGAGCAAGGCAACGCGUUUGAAGUUCUCAGGAGGGUCUAUGUAGAUUUUGAUGGAAUCAAUCUCCGUAGGAAGUUUUUAACGGGCUUGGAGCCGGAGACUAUCAAUGUGAUGAUUGGAUCUUUACAUGUUCAAAAAGUUGGUGUUCUGACAGAGCUGUCUGCAAAUUCGGAUAAAUUAUAUCCAGUUGGUUACCAAUGUUCUAGGUGGUAUUGGAGCACCGUUGACCCACGAAGACGAUGCCGAUACACUUGCAAAAUCACAGAGAUGCGACCAUCAUCCCGGUGCAAAACUGUUUACUCCACGGUGAAUCAGGAAGAAAAUCAUACUAUCGUGCACAGCCCAAGAGCACAUACAGAUGAGGAUGCCACUGACAGUGAGCAUUUUUCACCUGGGCUGUCUCCCACAACACCGCCUAAGACCAAACAAGACUCCGUUUCUAAGACACCUGGGUAUCCACAUAGCAGGAGACCAGCAGGGGGAAUGUUCAGACCAUUGCCUUCCCCAGGAAACGCAGUUUCCACAUCCCAUCAUAUUUUGACCAUAAGCGACCUUGAUGAGACACGACGGCCAACGAGGAGGCUCUCUACACGUAGCCGAAACGCCUCUCCUCCCUCUGCUGUCCUUCCGGGUCCAAUGACUUUACGUUCAGGGGGCGCUGUUCACCCUAGGUCUCUUUCGUUUAGCCCCCCUGCCUCACCACUUGGUGCAACCGAGAACCUCGUUAGCUUCACCCCACCUCGACGAAGAGGGAGGCCUCCCUCGUUGUCUCGCUCUAACUCCACCUCCUCAGGGCCCUCUCCACCGAAAGGAGCUCUCCAAACGUCAAACUCUUCUUGGUCUAUCCGCCAAUCUCCAAGGCUGCAACAGCCUUCCAAAAUCCCACUACUUAAAUCUACAGAGGUGGAUCAGGAACUUAUUUCAGCGCACUUUGAUCCAGACACAGAUGUCGCUGUGGCCUCGGUGCUGAACGCAAAACUAGAAUUCGACGAGGCUUUGCUUAAUGAAAAUGUGGCAUUGCACUGUGACGGUGAGGAUGAUGCAAAAGAAAUCGGUGAAGGAGCAGAUAAGGGUGUGACUCGACCCGAAGAUUUUUGCAUGAGGGACAUGUCCACUGCAGAGGCGCAAAUGGAUGCAGACUCGGUUGACGAGGAUGCUGACAAUUACCUAAACUUUAAUCGCACAGUAGUGGUCUGUGAAGGUGCCAAAAAUUCUUCACAUGUUGGUCACCCUGUCCGUCCUAACUCAGGGUCCAUUUCACAGCUAGAUGGGGCUGACAAUGAUUCGGAGAGUGACACGGGUGAAGCAAACGCAGAGAACGAUACUCAGGAAGUAGAGAAUAGUAGUUUUAGUAGUCGGGAUACUGAGCCAUUAAAAUGCACCGGUUCAAACAAGGGCAGGUCCCUUGGCAACGGGCAGCUAGUUUGCACACCAUCAUCCCCAACAUCUGUCGAAAAUCCAUGUACGGCUGAUUUUAUUGAUCAAAAUGCUGAAUUGGAGACCAUGGAGCAGGUCUGUGAAGAACAGGAAGUUCAUGAAGAAACUUUGUUACAGGAAAGUGAAAACAUGAUUGUUGUCUCCAACGCUGAUGGAUCUAGCCAAGAAGAAGCAUCCGUCACAGAAGGAUUACAAGAUCAGAAAUCAUCUCCGACAACCACAAACAGUGAUCUCGUUACGGCUCAGGAGGACGUCUUGCUGGAUAGUGAAUCUAAAGAGAUCUUCCUUGAUGACGUUAGUGGAAAUUUUAUAUCCUCUAUUGAAGAUAGGGAUUUGGAUGCUGCUGGUUCUGGAGAAAUCUGUGAUUCUUCAUCCAUAAACUCAUUAAAUAAGGAUGGAUCUCUUUUCAAAGGUUUAUCCCCAGCUAGUUCUGUAAAUAAUGCUAGAAAUGUUGCUAUCAAGUCAAUCCCAUCCACAAAAAGACGCUAUGUCACUAUACAACCUGGAAUGCAAUCCAAUACUAUCAAGAUGGCCAUGCCUGUUGUCUCCUCCAUGCCAUAUUCUGUUCCUGUCACUGUUGUUUCAGCUUCUCCUGUUAUCUCCCUUAAUCCACACGUGACUCCGCUUGCUUCCCCCCAAGUUGUAAUAAAUGGCUUUGGAACACAGCCGAGGGAAACCACGAGAGGUCGUACCAUCGCCAUACGCAUUGCCAACCCCAAACAGGUCACAGGACAACAGGGUUUAACGGGUUCACCUUCUUCACCUCAGGUUCUGCUGGUUAACCGCGCCGGACAGAUUCUGGUGAAAAACCCGCAGACUAACACCUACCAAAUACCUAACCCCAAUUCCCCCUCGUAUACACAGAUAAGCCAGAUUGCCAAGAUACUCCACAGCGGUAAUAUUAUCCAACGACCAGUACCUAAGGUUACAGUCAUACCCGUUCCUCAGGGUAGUCUCGGCAGAAGCCCAACAACACGUAUUAUAUCUUAUACCAGCAAUGGAGCCGCACAGGCGACCCAAGUGUUGGUCCGCAGUGCCAGUCAACCCAGAGAUGGGACUGAUGGGGAAAUGCCCAAAAACGUCUCGACGCGUGAAAGCGCUCAGAAGGAAAUGGCUCAGGCGAUAAUAGACAAGGCAAUGGCAAGCCAUCGAGAAACAUUAAGUCCGACAGUCACUCCCUACCUCAAUGAAAACCUCUCUACUGAGUCACGUAAAGCUCAAUCUCAUCUACGGGGUCAGCCGAACAUCUUGACCAGCUACCGGCCUCUGGUUAGGGUCAAGAGGGUGUCUUCAGUCACCGAUCGUAUUGGUGUGAAAAAAUGCCGGACUGACUUCAUGGACCACACGACCUCUAGUUCCCAGGAUGACCUCAACAGAUCAAACAAGGUCAGAAUAAAGACCCCAAGUGUCAAAGAUGUCAUCGACUUGGACGACCCAGAUGUAGGAUCUCCCAAACUCCCCAAUCAUGAGGCCAAGUUUGUCGAACCAGAGAGAAAGACUCCAGAUGAGUUGGAGUCCAAUAGAGCACAGGGAAGAGACACACGAGACCGCAGCAAAUCCCAGCAGUGUAUGAAUCCAAAACAUGGUGACUCUUCUGACUGGGCUCCCUAUGCAGGUUGGAGCUCAGAUGAAGAUUCUCCAUCACCUGGCACACGUGACAAGUGUUUCAAUCAAUAUCAGCCUCGCCUGCGCUUUCAAAUAACCAGUGAUGAUGGGUUCUUCAUUGAAGCGGACAGCAUGGAUGUGGCGUGGAAAGCUGUGGUUGAUGGUGUCCAGGAGGCACGUAUAGGCUUCCGAAUGGAGCACUUGCCCUUUACGAAGGUGAGCGGGGCCAGGGUUUUGGGCAUCCUUCAUGAUGCCGUUCUCUUCCUGCUGGAGCAGCUGCAGGGCGCCGACCUCUGCCAGCAGCAUCGCUUUCGUUUCCACCACCACGAAAACAUGGAGGAGGAGCUGCCCAUUAACCCCAGUGGCUGUGCCCGUGCUGAGGUCUAUGAGCGAAAAUCUACCUUUGACAUGUUUAAUUUCCUGGCGUCGCAGCAUCGUAAGCUUCCAGAGUCUCGGCCUUGCGAUGAUGAAGAGGAUGAUGUUAUGCUCAAAUCCAGCAGACGGGCUACAAGUACUGAGUUACCAGUGGCGAUGAGGUUCAGACACUUGGAGAAAACCUCUAAAGAAGCUGUAGGAGUUUACAGAUCCGAUAUUCAUGGUCGUGGUCUUUUCUGCAAGAGGAACAUUGAGGCCGGAGAGAUGGUGAUCGAGUAUGCUGGUAACGUCAUUCGCUCUGUUCUCACAGACAAACGGGAAAAAUACUACGACAGCAAGGGCAUCGGCUGUUACAUGUUCCGCAUUGACGAUUUUGACGUGGUGGACGCCACCAUGCACGGCAACGCAGCGCGAUUCAUCAACCACUCCUGUGAUCCUAACUGCUACUCGCGAGUCAUCAACGUGGACGGCGAGAAGCACAUCGUAAUCUUCGCCCUGAGGAAGAUUUACCGCGGAGAGGAGCUCACCUACGACUACAAGUUCCCCAUCGAAGAUGCCGACAGCAAAUUGCACUGUAACUGUGGGGCGCGACGUUGCAGACGCUUUCUUAACUAAUGUGUUUCCGCCAUCACGAUGUCAUUUUUGAAGGAAAGAACCCAUAUAUUGAGUGCUAAAGAGUUUAAUGUAUGCUGAAGAAACAUAUAGAACGCAUAGACCAGCAUGAUUGGUUAUCUGGUAUGAGCUGACCCUACGUCCAGUGCUUUAGCUUAAAAUAUAUUUGCAUUCGGCUGAAUGAUUUGCAUUUUUGCUGUCUCCUAUCUAUACUCCGCUUUUUCCCAGCAUGCCUUUCAAAGCUUGGGUAACGCCGGGUAGGUCUGUUAUUAGGCUGAUGGGUUUAAAUGAGAUGUGUGUGCUAUUGUACAGUGGUUUUUAUAGUGGAAAAUACCCUGAGGUUUUAAAAGGGUUUGAUUAUUUUUGCUACUGAUUUAGAGAUGGAUCAUCCUUAACAGCACCUUAAUAAUCUUUGCUCUUUUCCCCAAACAUUAUUAGCACUGUAUAUAUUAACCAAAACAAUCUUGUGUUUUCAAUAAGCAGUUUUUCCACCGAGACUCUUAGGUGGUUUUGUUAAUAUUUACAUUGUAUAUUUCUGUGGUAUUUUUUAUACGAGUGCAGGUGAAUACAUCACAUUUUAGCAGGAUUGAAUUCCUCUUUCUGUGCGACAUAGAUUUUAAUUUAAGUUAGAAAACAUUUUCUCUGAAUGCUUAUAAACAUAAGGCAGCAUUUAUAGUCUGGGUCAUGUCUAGAAAUUUUGCUCGUUCAUGUGCAGUUAAGUGGUACUAUGGAUGUGAUUAGGACAUACCUAAUCCCAAUUCGCAAUUGGUUUUAUGUGUUUUUUUACUGUCUUUUCAGAAUUUUUUGCGUAUUAGGAUCGCUUGUGCCGUGUUAAGUUAAUCCCUAUUUAUGAUAAACUUUAUGAAUCUGGGGAACAACAUGCACAAGUAUUAAUGGACAUAUACUGAAACAUACUAAUAUGGGCCUGCUUUCAUCUGUUUUUGGGUUGACUACCUCAGUAGCUCCGUACACCAGUGAUAGCUAGUACAAACAAUAACUUGAUGUUGGGAUAAUCCCACGCUAGCUUUGAAUUUAUGCAAUGUGACUGUAGGUCUGUUUGUUCUCUGUUUGUUUCUCUAGCCAAUUUCCAGACCCCUAUUUCCUUAUGGUUUUGUACAGAAUUAAAGUGUGUUUAUAUAUUUACAAAUGAAGACUGAGGCUUUGAUUCCAUCACUGAUUGUGAGGGAGCAGAAUUCAUCCAACUCGGUGUGAAUCUUUGUAUAUAGUUGUAUACAAGAAUUUCUAAAUCUGUUAAAUUUUCUACGCACUUUUUUAAUUUAUGAUGUUCUAUACGUAAUAAAGAUUAAAAAAGUAUGAACGAAA